CCCUCCCUCCCCGGCAUUGUUUCUCUUGGAACACAAAAAAACAUGGCUGCAGAGGUGGAGGGUGCUGAGGCGGCUCAGCCCGCGGCUUCCGCGGAGAAGAAGAAGAAGCUGCAGCAGCAGCAGAAGGCGGCGGAGGCGAGCCGGGGCAAGGCGAGCUUCCUCGCCACGGCCUGGCUCAUCUUAUACAACACGGUCAUGACCGCCGGGUGGCUGGUGUUGGCUGUGUCCAUGGCUCGUUAUGGGCUGGCCAAGGGCUCAAACAGGGGUCUCUAUCGCUCAAUCGAGAAGACCCUAAAAAUCUUCCAAACGGGCGCUCUCUUGGAGGUGGUUCACUGUGCCACUGGGAUUGUGCCAUCUUCAGCUGUGCUCACCGCGUUUCAGGUGUCGUCUCGAGUUUUCUUGGUGUGGGCUGUCACAGACAGCGUGAAGCCAGUUCAGAAUGAAUACAGUGUCCUGAUUUACCUGAGCGCCUGGACUCUGACGGAGAUCGUCCGCUACUCAUUCUAUACCUUCAGUCUUCUCAAGUACCUCCCACGUGCCAUCAAAUGGGCCAGGUACACGCUGUUCAUCGUGCUGUACCCACUGGGCGUGACGGGCGAGCUGCUCACCAUCUACCAUGCGUUGCCCCACGUCUACCGUUCCAAGCUCUUCGCGUACCCACUCCCCAAUGCCCUCAAUAUCUCCUUCGACUACUACUACUUCCUCAUCAUCGUCAUGAUCUCCUACGUGCCAAUCUUCCCACAGCUCUACUUCCACAUGAUGUCCCAACGCAAGAAAGUUCUUGGAGAGCCGAAAGCCAAAGAAUCGUAACGGGCCACAACCUGUACACCAGCCGUGACGAAACAUCAGGGACAAGGCUGUCAAAGGAAGAUGCAACACAAAUGGGCAGUAUGUCAUCAUUAAUAAAAUACAAAUCAACCAUGAUGCGACAGUUACAAUCUGCUUCUUUUAAUCAAAAACUGUCGGUUCACCUCCCAAAUACCUCCUCCCGUUUACAAGACAAAGCGCUGCCAAUACGGUUUCAAAUUCCCCCCUCUUGAGUCGAGCUACAUAAACGAAUGUGAAGAGACUCUCACAAUGAACCGCAGUACGUUGGCAUGCAGAAGAAGUGUUGGGGCUGCUGCUGCUGCCUUGUGAACGGCUGUGGGUUUGUGUUGCGGUUGCUAGGAUGCAUCAGCUGUGCAGCUGCAUGGUGCAGUAAUAGACAGAUUGUGAGCAGGGCUGGAGGGUGUUGUCCCCAAUAUCACACUUGGGAUUUUCACCCACGCACACAUAACACAAGUCAUGUGAUGUGUUUUACAGCCAUGCCCUGGUGACAUCAGUAGAGGGUGCUGUAGUGAAUGCCCCUUUCACAUUCAUGCUCCUCUGCACGUACUAAAACUUUAAACUCGUGUCAGACGUCGCAGAAUAUAGACACUAAGUGUGCAUGUCUGUAUUUUGGAUUGCUUCUUAACAUUGGAAGUUUUUCUUCCUCACUGCGUGGAAGACCAUUUGAUUUUUAGAAUCCACUGGAAUUUUGUUUAAUCUUGUUAUAACCAUUUGAGGUUGGCAUCACUUGAAAUUAAUCAUCAGGAUAGCCAUUUUAACCUUUAGCUGGUUAUAUAUAUUUUUUUCUUUUUUGCAGACAGUAAUUUAUCAUUUGGCUUUUGAUUUCAGAGUGUAUAGCAUUUAUUUCAAAGCAUUGGGCUGUUUUUUUCCCUUUUAAAUUAGUAGGCAGCUGUAGACGUCAAGUCACAUUGGCUUGGCAGCUACUGCACUAAAUCCAUAAAACACUGAUUGAAAAAUAAAAAUACUAUUUUUUUUUUUUAAUAUUGGUAUGCCCCCAUCCUAAAAUGUGAAGGGUGGUGCUCAUCUUCGUUGGCAGUGGUGGAAUUCCACAUUCCUAUGACGGAGACCAGUGUCUUUCCCAUUACCUCUUGCCGGCGAGCCUUCGCCACUAUACUUUCUUUAGCUGGCAAAAUUGCCGUGCUAGUCACAGCCACAUGGUGGCAAAAUGGUGGCUGUGUUGGCUGGUUGGUGGGGAGGGCAGGUGCAAGACGACCAUCAUGGUAGUCUUGAUGUCCAGUUUUUUUUAUUGGUCCUCCAUGGACUGGUGACUACCAUCCUCUCCGCUCUCUCAUCGCUAUUGCCCUCCACGAGCUCUCUGCUCAAGCAAAGCUUUCUGUUCAAUCCAUUAAUCUUCGCUCCGUUGGGAGGGUUGCUCAUUCUUCUCUACUGCACCCAUAGGCUGGAACUCUUUUUCUACCGCGCCAUCCGUGCUGUCAACUCCCGUUCCUGUUCCAGUCCCAAGACAAUUUUUCCAACCUGCCUCGACAAAAUAUGUUCAGUGCUUCUCUACAGCAUCUUGAGAUGCAAUUACAUUUCAAGACAUUUACAUUUUUUAUCAUGUCUGCACCUAAUCUGCUUAGUCAUUGACAUUUUGAAUACGCAUAUGCUUAUUUACCUUCCAUAUCAAGAACAGAUAUCCAUACAUUGCCAAUUGAUAGUGGAAACCUGUACACAAGACAUUUACAUCCUAAUGUGUAAUGUACUUGUAUAUGUCAUCAUACCUCGGUGCAUAAACCGUACCUGAUAGGUGAGUACAUGAUGUUGAGGACAAUUCUGUUUUAUGUAUGAUCUAAUACAAAUUGGGUUCAAAUCUGAAUGGUAAAUUAUAACAUUUUCACCCUUAUGUACAUUAUUUUGGUUUAACCCAUAUCAGAGUUUGAUGCAACACUUAUACUUUUUUCCCUCAUUAACGAACGUUAAAAAGCUGCUAAAUCACCCAGAACACAGCAUAUGAAUCUCCUACAUAACUAUUUUUUAAGUUGCAUCUUUUUAGUCUGAAUGCAUUUGUCUUGUGUGUUAAAGAGCAAGUCAUCAAGUCACAUACAUCAUCUGACCGAAACAGUGUACAAAAGAGCUAAGUUAUAAAUACAAAACACAAGCCAAUUGAAACUGUGACACCAAACAUUACCAAGGCUAAAUGUUAGACAACUUGGGAAAACGUUGCACUCACCUGCUUAACGUUAGUGAAGUGUUCACAUGCUACUUGCUGCCCUUAACCAUGUUUACACGGAUACAAGCUUACUAAAUUAUACACUUUUCGACAGUGCUUUAGCAGUAGGGCUUUAUUGCUGAUUUUAAAGUGUGGUCGGUUGAAGGGUUUAAUUGUGGCAACGCAGUAGUAGAAUACCCGUGAAGUUGGUAACAAUACUAUUGGGGAAAUGUAUACCUUUUUGUCAUAGGGCCCCAAGAGAUGUUGGUGAAUGUUCUAAUUCAUCCGAUUGUUGGUGAAACAUGCUGAUGUUUGUGUUGUCAACAAUUACAAGCUUAGCGAAGGCAAUGUGUUGCAGCUGUGUAAUCAAGAUGUGAAACUGGCCCAUAGAUUUUUAAAGCUGGAGGUGUUAUUGGCCUGUUGUGCAUACACUGGAUUGCUUGCCAUAUGGGCUUUUCCCCACAACACAACGGACUCUUAAACACAAAGACACAAAUAAACCAAUGAAACAAUU